CAGUCUGGACGUGGUGAAGCAGCGCUGCUUCAUUUCUCUGGAUCUUCUGAUGCUGCUCAACAAACCUGAGGUUUGAUCCGGAUCAGAACCCGAGAGGUGAGUCCAGACCGAACCGAACCGAACCGGACCGGACCGGACCGGACAGAGCCGAGCUGAGCCGAGUCGAGUCGAGCCGAGCCGGGAUAAGAGCAGAACCACAGACAGGCUGCUUCAUCUCCUCCUGCAGAGCCGAGUCUUCCUCACCGACGCAGAUGUCGAGUGUCGUCUGACCCAGGAUCUGUGAUGUCCAUCUGUGUGUCCGUGCUCGUGUGACACAGUCAAACCUGUCAGGUGGAUCCAACAUGGCCGCUGUGCACAGAGCUCAGUCGGCAGUUUCACUGCGUCUGUGUGUCCUGCUGCUGCUGCUGCCGCCUGCUGUGACCGGUCUUCAGUCCCAGGACACAGAGUGUGCCUUUACUGACAACCUGCAGGGGGCGGAGCCUCACAGCGGACCAACCAAUGAGCUGCGGGGAGUGGUGCGAGAGAACGGCACCGUCCUCUGCAGACACGGCUCCCGCUGCUUUGGAUUGUGGAGAAAGAGAGAAGACGGUGUGAUGCAGCUGGUGCAGCAAGGUUGUUGGACUCACAUCGGGGACGAGCAGGAGUGUGUCGGUGACCGUUGCCUGGUAACGGGGACGCCCUCUCAGAUCCAGAAUGGCACCUUCCGCUUCUGCUGCUGCAGCCGAGACCUCUGCAACACCAACUUAGUAGAGGCCCCGCCCACAUCGCACACGCCUGCGCUGAGGCAGAUGAAGAAGAGCGACAGGCUGGACGGCAGACAGACAGGUCAGCAGCCGCUGAGGCGGGAGGAGAUGGCGCUUGUCGCCCUGGUGACUGUUGGCAUAGCAGCCAUUCUCAUCAUGGCGCUGUUCCUGGGAUACCGCAUGAUGAAAAGGAAACAGAAACACACUCUGUCAGCUCUGGAUGUGAUGGAGGCGGGGAACACGGAGUCCGCUGUCGACCUAGACGACCUGAAACUGCUGGAGCUGAUUGGUCGAGGCCGUUACGGCGCGGUGUUUCGCGGAAGCCUCGGCGAGCGCUGCGUGGCCGCCAAACUCUUCAGCGUGGCCAACUGGCAGAACUUCGUCAACGAGUGUGCCAUCUACCGCCUCCCGCUGCUGCAGCUGCACGACAACAUCAGCCGCUUCCUGACGGCCGACGAGAGGACGGCGGCCGACGGACAGCCGGAGCUCCUGAUCGUCAUGGAGCUCUACCCGCACGGCUGUCUGUCUCAGUACCUGUCUGUCCACACGGUGGACUGGUUGACGUGCUGCAGGAUGUGUCAUGGUGCGACCAGAGGUCUGUCCUUCCUGCACACGGAGCUCUACCGAGGAGACCAGUACAAACCGGCCGUGGCCCACAGAGACAUCACCAGCAGGAACGUCCUGGUCCGACCCGACCUGUCCUGCGUCCUCGCUGACUUCGGGCUGUCCAUGAGGUUGACGGGACACCGCGCCUGUUGCCCCGGAGACGAUGACACCGUGGCUAUAUCUGAGGUGGGGACGGUGCGGUACAUGGCGCCGGAGGUACUGGGCGGAGCUCUGAACCUCAGAGACUGUGAGUCAGCGCUGAAGCAGGUGGAUGUUUACGCUCUGGGCCUCGUCUACUGGGAGAGCUUCAGGAGGUGCUCCGACCUGUUCCCAGGUGAAACGGUCCCAGAGUACCAGCUGGCGUACCAGGCGGAGCUCGGGAAUCAUCCGAGCUUCGAGGAGAUGCAGAUCCUCGUCGCCAGAGAGAAAUACCGACCGCUGUUCCCCGACACUUGGAAGGAGAACAGCCCGGUGUUGCGUUCACUGAAGGAGACGAUGGAGGACUGCUGGGAUCAGGACGCCGAGGCUCGACUCACCGCUCAGUGUGCAGAGGAGAGACUGGCAGAACUCACACUCCUGGUUACACACACCGCCAUACACAACCACAGGAAUCUGUCUCAUGGCAGGUGGACUCCUCAGGUUGGCUCCGCCUCUUCCUACAUUGAGGAUUUGCAGGUGGGCGUGGUCAAAAAUUUCCAGCCGGACGCACAUCCUGCAGCAGCGACUGGUGGAUCAGAAGGAGCUGAGAAAAACAGAAACUCUAUAAACUAUGAACGGCAGCAGAGUCAAGCUCGGUCGUCCACCUCCGACGUCCUGACGCCUUCCACCGUCCUCUGCACCGUCUCAGAGUCUGAACCGGCCGGUGGCACUUUGUCCGCUGUCCCAGCGUGCCUGCAGCUGACGGAGGACGACCUGGAGGCCACGAAGCUCGACCCAAAAGAGGUCGAUAAGAACGUGAAGGAAACUUCUGAUGAAAACUUGAUGGAACAUUCACAGAAACAUUUCAGUACCGACCUGCUGUUCCACCAGACUCUACACACUCAGGAGGCAAACAACUCUGUGUCGACUCCUCGAGGGGAACUUGGGGGUCUUGGUGGCAUUGAUGCCCCUCCUUCCUCCGCUGUCCACCCCCUCCCCAAACAGCAGAACUUACCCCAGAGACCCACAAGCCUCCACUUCCUCCCCAAAACCAAGAAGACCUCCUCUGCCUCCUCUCGACUGAAGCUGGGAAAGCUCAAGUCAAACAGCCGACAGGUGGAAACGGGCGUUGCUAAGAUGAACACAGUAACAGUCGCAGCAGCAGUGGAGCCCCACCUGGUUACCACGGUGACCAACAACACCAGCACAAGAGGCAGUUUUGCAAGUGUGAACCGAGUCACCUCAAGAACGGUGGUCACCAGCAGCUGUAACGUCGGGGUCCCCACCCUGGUGAUGAAUGGAUUGAUAGGCGGAGGUCGAACCAACCCGGCAGGACCACACCUGGAGGACGACGACGACAGGGAGGGAGGAGGGAUGAUCAGAGAACGAGACGGCGAUUUGAACCUUCUCAACUUCAGUCCUGAUGAACACGAACCACUGCUGAGGAGAGAACAGCCUCCCGCCGAGAGCCAAUCCCCUCCUCGUCCACAUCAUCCGACACAGGCUGGAAACGUCCUGUCAGGACGAGGCUCGAACUCCAACAACAACAACAACAGCAUCGCGUUGGCAUUAGGGGUCAAGAUCCAGGGUUCAAAGGUCAAACCUGAAAGAAUGAGAGGUUCAGCGGUCAUUCAGGACAGAGGCAUCAUCACACCGGAGCCACCCGGGGCAGGUCUAAAGAUCAGCAGAUCUCCCGCUGAUGUUCCACUUUCAAAUCUGGAAAAUAAAAUGUUGCUUUCAGUAGCUACAUCUGGCCACACCUCCACACCACAAGCCCCUCCCACUGCUGAGGUUAGAGGUCAUGGCUCAGAUACAGGGCCAUGUCUCCAGAAACCCCUUAGUGCAGAACCAGUGUUGGCCUCUGGAGAAACCCAGAAUCCAAAGGCUUCUCUUCUUCGUUCACGAGCACAAGACCGAGCAUCUGAAGUGUCGGCCUCAGCUUCAAAAGUCGUAGAUUUACAUACCCUAACCCAGGACCGGGAACCUUCCCCUGCAGGAACUCUGAGAGCUACAGCCGAAGAUCCAGAAUCUCCUGUUGGGAACCUGGAAGCUUGCCCCGUAGAGGUUCCAGCUCCAGAAACUCAUGUUUUGGAAUCUCAAAAUUCCGACACCACAGAUCUGCAUGAAGCUUCAGCUCCAGAUCAGGUGAACCAGCCCAGAGCCAGGAGGCCCGAGCGUCCCCGUUCUCUGGACCUGUCGUCAUCCUUCAGGUCCUCCUCAGAUGAUGUUUCUCUGACAGACAACAGCAGCCAUAGUGCUUCAGGAGAGAAAAUCAAAUGUCGUGUCAAGACACCGUACACGCUGAAAAAAUGGCGUCCAGCCUCAUGGGUUGUUUCCACGAAUACGGCUCUCGACCCGGACUUCGAGUUCAACACCAUUGACAUCAGCAGCAGCCACACCCACGUUUCUCCUGGUCCUCAUAGAGCAGGAAGUGUUCCCAAAAUCAACCAGUCAAAAUCCAGCAUGGCGGUCUUUUUGGUUGGUGGCGGCGGACACACGGCGACCACAACGUCCAAGCCUGAUGGGAUGACUCGCUUCUAAUGUUUGAGAUUUCCUUUUACUUAAAGGAGAGCAGAUUCAUUUUUUCACUUCUUUGUCUUCCUUCGAUUUUAUUGUGGAGAAGAGAUCAAGGUUCGUUCAGGGGAAGAGGCCCACGAAAAACUUCAUCUCCAACAAACUGAAGGAGUUGUUCCAAACCAAGGGCUGGGAUUGUUCAAAACACUCGCCUGAAAACUUUUAUUAGUGCCAACUGGCUCUCUCCUGUUACCACCUGACCUCAACCGAUCAGUCUUUACAAUACCACGUAGCACAAAUGCCCUUAAUGUCUCAAAUAUUUCCUGUUGCUUAGGUUUAUUGGCUCAUGUUGUAACUCGUCUUGUGUCACUGGUGGAUUGGGCAUUAGUUCUGAGGCUUGGCCAUUACCCUACAAGAGAAACCCAGGAUUCUUGAAGGUAGAUGGCGUCUCUGAUGGUGGUCACGUGAAGGAAGUCUGAUCCUCUUGCCUCUGGACGAUUGGCUCCUGUUGUGACUCAAGUGAGUCUUUUGGUCAGUUGCUACCGGAAGGAGCCUUGGUCUCUGUUGGUUGUUGAGUGGAAUACGUUUGAUUCCACAGACUACGCCUUGGUCUUUCAACAGGGUCAGCUAUUCUUGUCGUUGACUCUGUUGGAGGACUGAACUCGCACAAAGUCUUGAAAACCAAAAUCUGGCCAGUUCUUCUUGUUGCCUGUGGAUGUAGAUGCAUGUGGUCAUGAUCCUGCCUGACACUUCAAAAUGUGUUUCUGUUGGUGGUGAGGCGAAGGAAGCUCCUCUCUUGGAGAUGUUUGGACUCCUGCUGUGACUCGGCUUGUGGCUGGUAGAUGUAGUGAGUCGCUGGUCAGUCAAGUCAAAUGUCAGAUUCUUUUAUGCACCUUAAACAAAGUCAGUUAUUUAGGAAUCAUUAUAAAAAGGGACGUCUAGUGCAAUUACAGAUGAAUCACUGACUUAUCACUAAUUUAGGACAUUUCUUCUUUAUGUUUGUGUCUUUGUCUAAUAUGAUUAUUAGAGAUUUUACUUCACACUGAUUCGAGCUAUGCAGUCAGCUUGUGACGCCUCCUCCUGUUUGGCUCAGAAGAGUUAUAUGAUAUUAAUUCUUUCCUCUAUGAGUUGCCUUGCGAGGUUUUGCUGUCACCACCCUGACAGGUCCGGCAGGACAGAGGAAGUCCAGUAGAGUUUUUGGAAAGUUUGUUGAAAGGAAAAGAAAUGAAAACAUGAGCCACGGUCUUGAAGAGCUCAUCAAAACCUUCAAACCUCGGCCACGAACAACCUCUGCAACAUCAACGGUGCCGAUGGCUGCAACGCUGCCUCUGUUCUGGUUGGUUUGAAGAGGAUGCAUCUGUCUGAACUCUGACAUGUUCUGCUGUUAGUCACUGAAUCCCUCCAGUUGGAUCAGUCUGAUGCUUCUCUGAUCGUCUGGCAGAGUCUGAAAGUGUGAAUGGAAGAAGGAUUGUGUUGAGAACGUGUUCCACAUUCAUAUGGUUUGGUAACUUCAGCAUCUACAGUAUAUCCACCUGGUGCAAAGCACUUUAUUUUAGUAUCCACAUUAUAAACUGGAGUUGAAGACGCUGACAAUGAAAUAGUUUAUUUAAAUCCACACAAGUGAUGAUCUGGGUUCUAACAUGGAUCCUUAGUUUAUAACAAUUUAUAUUAUUCAUGUUAUUUUAAAAAGUAUAUGUAUCAAGUCGUGAGUGAAAUGUUGAGUAGUAAGUACGAUUAAUUGAAGUUGAAUAUUUUUAAAUUUCAGAUUUCUGAAUGGAGUUUGGUGAUGUUGCAGAACCAGGACGUAGUUAUCAAACGGUUAAGUGUCACUCAUUUUUUUUUCUUAUUUCCUUAAACGAAGCAAAACCUUUAAUUAAAACAAUAUUUAUUAAUACAAAGCAUCUGAUCAGUCCAUAGUUUCUCUGAAUGAGUGAUUUUGUAAAGACAAGUUGUUUUGUUCUAUACUUUGAUUUUGUGACACGACUAAUAUUUUAACCAUUUUCGCAUAAAAGACAACAUUGUGAUGUCAAACUGGUCCACGACCACGUAGCUACAUGUUGUCAUUUUCUAUCAUACUGUUACUUUAAUCCUAUUGAAUUUAAAAUGCCUUCAAACAUCAGUUCCUGUUUGUUAGUUUUGUAUUUUUACUGUUUGUACCGUUCACACAGACAACUUUUGUUUGACAUGAUGAUGAUGUGGAAGCUAACUUUGACCUGUACCGCAGCCAGACACCAGGGGGCGAUCGUGAUGAUUUGACUUCACUUUUUGAUGCUGACAUCUUGUUCAUCUUUAUUUACAGUCUAUGACUAAAACUAAGAGAUGCCUUCUUAGAAACACAGAUGGAUGGAAGGAAGACUUAACAGUUGUUAAAGAGACACACACCUGCUCAGCGCCUGACACUUCCUGUGUGAGGUUCAGACGCAGCCUCUUCUCUCCAGGUGUCGUCCUGGGCUCAGUGACUGUGGAGUCGAUCGGUUGUCGAGUCGAGUCGAGACCAAUGUCUCCACGACGUUUUCCAUCCGACCUCAGACGUCGUAGACUUGAUCAAGAAAUGCUUUAUGAGGUGAAACUUGUUUAAACCUUGUGUCUUUGACUUCACAAACCAUCACUCAGCUUCAACAACACGUUUAUGUUCCUGUUAACUGGUCCAGACACACGUGCUGAUCCUGAAAUGUGGAUUAUCCCUUUAAAGUCCUACAGUGAAUCUUAUAUGGUUGUCAUAGUCACAAAAAAUGAUAUCUGUAUGUCAUCUGUAUUAUAACUACAUGUAACCACCUGAAGCUUCUUGCAUGAAAAAAAAAUCACAUCAAUUCAAACUUAUUCAUUUUAUGACAUCUGUACUGAACAUUUUUUUAUUCUGCCUUUUUAAUAUCCAAUAUCCAUAUCAGUGUAUGAAAUAAACUUUAUGAAGUGUACAUGA